AUGAGAAUAACUAGUGGAAGUAUUUUAUGCAUUGGUGCGUUAUUGAAGUCAGUUAUGGGCGAUUCUGAAUCGUUUGGGUUGUUGAUGAUUCAUUCUGGUUCGCGUUUCCAGUAUGCUUCUGUGUAUGCUGAAGAUAAAGAUUUGUUCGUUGGUUCUAGUUCGAAGUCUUUGUCAGGUGUUGUUACAGAUGCCGGUAAGUUGUUGUUGUCCGACGGUACGUAUGCGGUUGUAGAGGAAGAUGGCGACGUGGAGGAGGGUUCCGAGCAGGAAGGCUCUGUUGGGUUUACUAUCGUUGGAGGACACCUCCGAUACCUGAAUCAAGAGCUUUUCAGUGCUGCUCCUAAGGGGAAUAACAAGUUUGCUUUGGCUUACAACACGUCGAUUGAUGGAUCUGUUGAUGUUGCUGUCCGUGCUCAGUCUACUAAUGGUACCGCUCCUGAUUUCAUUCCAGGUUCUACGGGCUCCAACUCGACUACUACUUUUAGCAGCACAGCGUCCGUGGGUACUACCUCUGUUCCAGCUCCAGGUGUGAACACCACUGUGGGUGUGCACACUACCGUUACAAAGACCAUUACUUCCUGCAACGACAGUGGGAAAUGUACCAAAAUCGAGACAACCUACCCAACCACCGUUCCAGUUAUCACCACUGAACCAUCGAGCGCUCCAGCAUCCAGUGCUCCAACAUCCAGUGGCAGCCAUUCGUCGUCCGCGCCAGCUAGUUCGGCCUCAUCCACAUCCAGUGUGCCUGUUCAAACGGUUAACGGUGCGGCCAGAGUUAUCGCCGGUCUUGGGUCUGGUGCUAUGUUUGCCCUUGCCUUGUUGCUAUGA